GACGCAUGUACGAAGAGAAACUGCUGCCGCGACACCCGCCCGUCUUCCAAGAGUGGUUCCGAAGGGUGUUCUCAGAUCCGUACGGCUGGUAUCAAGCACGAUCGGCUUACAUAAGGACGACUGCAGUUAUGUCAAUGGUUGGAUAUAUCUUGGGCCUCGGCGAUAGACACGGCGAGAACAUAUCCUUCGACUCAACGAACGGCGACUCCGUCCACGUGGACUUCAACUGCCUGUUCAACAAGGGCGAGUCCUUCGAGUGGCCUGAACGGGUGCCCUUCAGGCUCACGCACAAUAUGGAGGCCGCUAUGGGGCCGCUGAAGCAUGAGGGCAUGUUCAGGAAAAGCUGCGAAGCAGUGAUGCGUGCGCUCAGAGCUCAGACCGCCGCCCUAAUGUCUGUGAUUGGUCCAUUCGUGUACGAUCCGCUGGUGUCAUGGGGUCGCGCGCGACCCAUGGACUGUGGAGAACGGACGAAUGAGCAGGCCUUACAGCAUCUUAUACAUAUCCGACAGCGGCUGAAUGGACUAGUGAGUACAGUUUAGUGGCAUAGGUAUAUU